UGACGGGAGUCGCAGGCAAGGAGCCUCUCGCGCGUCUUCGGGCCGGCCGCGCCCUCGUCGCGCCACGCGGCGGCUCUCCUGCACGGGCGCGGACGCACUCUCGGCUGAGCCGGCUGCGAGGCCUCGCGCGGGGCGGGCGCUGCCCUCCGGAGCACCGGCCCGGGCGAACGCCAGCCGGCAACCGGCGCCGGGCCGUCUCCGUCGGGCGGGGCGGGCGCUCCCGACGCCGCGGCCCUUCCCCCCGGCGGAGCGCAGCGGCGGCAUGGAGCCCAUCGGCGAGAAGGCGCCCGGCGCGGCGCGGCCCCCCCUGCGCCUCGCGGGUCCGGAGAGGCCCUCGGGCUCCUCCGCGCCGGGGGACGCGGCGCCCUGGCCGCCGGGCCUGGGCCGCGUCUCGGUGGCGCCCCUGGGGGACGAGGAGUCGGAGCGCGACAGCGUCCACACGGGCGAGUCGCACGAGCCGGCUGAGGAGCUGCACCUGGAGCUGGCCCAGCUCUCGACGGAGCAGCUGGUGGCCCUGGUGGAGGAGAACAGCCGUACCAACUCCAUGCUCAAAAUUGAAACAGCAAUGUUUGAGAAAUUUUUCGCUAGAUUUGAGCCAAAAGACUUGGGAGCAGAACGACAUGGUUCAUCGCUGGACAUGGGACAAGCACAGUAUCCGCGGGGCAGACGCAGAUCUAAAUCCCGGCUCACAGCAGAUCGUUUGAUAUGCCUGACCGUGGAACAGAAAUGUGACCUUGCCCAGCGGGAUCUGGAAGAGACUAAGGAAGACAUUCAGCGGACGAAGAAGAACUCUGAAAGGAUCUUGCAGAAUUACUUGGCUAUCCUGGAGGAAGCAGAUAUUCGCAUGGUUGAAAUUAAGAAAGCCAUGAUGGAGUUUGACAAAGACAUAGUCAAAACCAUAACUAAGAAGAAAGGCAGUGUCAUUGCAUCUGAUAAGGUGCUGCGAUACAUGGAAGACAGGAUUCGCUCUAGGGAUGUUAUGAAAGAGAAAAUUCGUUUGAAAAACGAUUCUCUAAAAGUUCAGAAGAAGAAGAUGCAGAUGCAGCUCAAGCAGAAGGAGGAGCUGGGAGAGGCGCUGCACGAGGUUGAUUUCCAGCAGCUCAAGAUUGAGAAUGCUCAGUUCCUGGAGAAAAUAGAUGAACGAAACCAGGAUUUGCUACAGUUGAAGCUGACGGUUGGCAACGCCCUCCAGAUCCUCAACUUCUACAAAAAGAAGCUGCAGCAUGCAACCACCUUCGCCGCCUACCUGGUGAAAGACAUUGCUCAGAGAAAGGAAUCCCUGGACAAAAUUGCACGUGAAGCCAUCCUUGUGGAAGAGGAAUGGGAAAUGGCUGAGAUCCUGAACAAAAAACUACGGAGACAGCUGGCAGAAUACAAAGUUCCUCCUGUUCUCAGCUAUGUCCAUGAGAAGAUGGCAGUUUAUGAACUAGAAAAUACCCUCAAGAUCUGGGAGAGGAAGGUGGAAAUUGCUGAGAUGGUCUUGCAGAGCUACCGCAGCGUUUGGCACAAGGCUAGGAUGGCCAGUCGUCAGCUGCAGGCUCUUCUGCCGGAACAAGAGAGCCUCAGAGGGAGAGAGGGCCUCUAGAGGAAUGAGGAGAAAGGGGGCAGAAAAGAAACCCAGCCAACUUGUCUGCACCGAUUGCCCCAUCGUCCUGGUGCAGAGCUUUGGCCCUAACGACCCUCUGGGCCAGAGGUGCCCCUCUGCAUAUCAGCAGGGCUGGCUUCCAGACAGGCACAAAGCCCCGUAUGUCCCCAAAAGGGAGGCUUUUUCCAUCUCAAGGCCUCUGUUUCAAUGUCUCUGCAAACUGGUUUUUGAAGUGUGUUAGUGAACUGAUCUAUUUUAAGCUGUUAGCAGAUCUGCUUGAUUACCGAGUAUGAGGUACGUUCAAACUCAGCAAUACGAGAAUGAAUAAAAAGAGUGAUAAGUA